AGCCGAGCCGCAGCCAGAGCAGCCAGAGCAGCUAGAGCAGCUAGAGCAGCUGCAGCCAGGCCGAGCUCGCAGAUCCGCGACCACCGGCCUGUUCUCCCCCUAUUCUUCGCGCUGUCGGAGGCGAGAGGGACUGGGGGAGCGGUGGCUGCCACCUUUGCUUCCAAGCUCGGUGCGCGAUCUCCCCUGUCCUGUCUGCUCAUGGCCUGAGCACCAAAUACGGAGGUCGGGGUCAGUGUCUUCACUCUGACGAUCUGGGGGCCGAAGAAAAUAAAAACCAAGAGGAUUCCACGUAAGAGCAUCGCGUGAGCUUGGGGCGUGGAGCAGAGUGAAAAUUUCCGCUGGUACGGGAGGUGUCAGGGCUUACGAGGCCUGGGAGGGUACCAGGGAGUCCGGCAUCCCAGCAGCCACGACCUCCGUUCUGCCCUGAGGGAGCUAGAAUAAUCGGGUGGCUCUAGGAUCUAGCUCUUGAAGCGGUGUGGUGCCUUCUCUUGUCUGAGGACCUGGCCCAGCGAGUCCCUGGAAAGCCUGCCUCCUGCCCCAGCCCUUCUGGUGCGGAUGUGCCGCUGCCCACUGGAGCGCCAUGAAGGCAGGAUGACCUCAGCCGAAGCAGUGGCUGUGGCUGGAAGUGCCCGGGAGCAUGGCCACCCCAAGUGGCCUCCUGACAGCCUUGGGCAGCCUGCUCGGGUCAGAGUGGUUGUGGCAGCCCUGGUGUGGUUGUUGGCAGGAGCCAGCAUGUCAAGUCUCAACAAGUGGAUCUUCACAGUGCAUGGCUUCGGACGGCCCCUGCUCCUCUCGGCACUGCACAUGCUGGCAGCUGCCCUGGCAUGCCACUGGGGGGCCCGGCGGCCCAUGCCCCGCAGCAUCCAAGGCAGAGUGUUACUGCUCAGCCUCACCUUUGGUACCUCCAUGGCCUGCGGCAAUGUAGGCCUGAGCACUGUACCCUUGGACCUAGCACAACUGGCCACCACCACCACACCACUCUUCACAUUGGCCUUGUCUGCGCUGCUACUAGGCCGAAGACACCAUCCCUUACAGUUUGCUGCCAUGGGCCCGCUCUGCCUGGGAGCUGCGUGCAGCCUAGCUGGAGAGAUCCGGGCACCCUCAGCUGGCUGUGGCUUCUUGCUAGUGGCCACCUGUCUCAGAGGCUUCAAGUCCGUUCAACAGAGUGCUCUGCUGCAGGAAGAGAGGCUGGACGCGGUGACGCUGCUGUAUGCCACCUCUGUGCCCAGUUUCUGCCUGCUGGCAGGUGCUGCUCUGGUGAUGGAGGCUGGAGUGGCCCCACCUCUGGCUCCCACUGACUGUCACCUCUGGGCCUGUGUCCUGCUCAGCUGCUUCUUGUCUGUGGUCUACAACCUGGCCAGCUUCUCCUUGCUGGCACUCACGUCCGCCCUCACCGUCCACGUACUGGGCAACCUCACAGUUGUGGGCAACCUCAUCCUGUCCCGGCUCCUGUUCGGCAGUCACCUCAGCGCGCUCAGCUAUUUGGGCAUUGCACUCACCCUUUCAGGAAUGUUUCUUUACCACAACUGUGAGUUCGUGGCCUCCUGGGCAACCCGUUGGGGAUUGUGGCACAGGGACCAGCCUGGCAAAGGUCUUUGAGACCUGGGGGAGCACACGAGCCAUACCUGGACAGUCCUAGCCUGACUCUUAACCAUGGACAAUGAGGUUAAGUGGAGAGCUACUAUGUCUGCCAGGCCAAGGAGAGGAGGUGCCUUCUAGAAGGGCUGCCUGGGAGGCCAGGGACCUUCAGAGAGACACCCCACCACCCCCCGCCCCUGACAGCCUCACCUGUUACAGCAAGGCCCGCCACUGGAUGGUGGGUCCAAGUCUGGCAUGUGUGCCUGUCAGAUGAGUCAUUAUGAUUAGGGUCAAGUAUUACGAUGAAAAUUGCUGGGCAAACUUAGAAAACCUCAAUGUGUUAUGAAGACGAUGCCCAGUGGUUGCACAAUCUUUCCUCCGGUGGGGGAGGCCGUUGAGGCACACCACAGAAGGCUUCUUCAUUGCUGGGCUCCUCUAAAAACUUGGAGUAGCCUGUGCCAACUUCAGGUAGCUACCGUAGCCUCACUCCAGUGCUUCCUCCUCCCCCGGAUUUGGGUCUUCCAUCCUCAAAUAAACUAUUUUUGCUUGGA